AUGGCUGGUGUCUCUUUCAGGGAGACGGACCCGAGGGUCUACGCCUUGGGAAGGGCCAAAAGCAAUCACCGGCAGAGAAACCUUUGUGCGGGAAAAUACGCCCGGGAAUCCCUUCACAAAGGGCUCUUCCUCAAGCUCUCCAUCUACGCCCCCUUCCUCCCUGUGGCCAAGCUGUCUAACCGAGCAGAUGACACUUGCCUAUUCUGGGUUCUCCUGGACACAACCAUGGCUGACAGCUUUGACAUCAUUGCCUUUGUCGAUGAGCACAGAGAGAGAACCUCCUGCCUGCCCGCCAGUUGCUAUCUCUUGCUCUCCCGUCUCUUGUCAACCCGUUCCGUGAGGUUGGGCGGCAACAUCCGCCACCUCUUUGGCAUUUGA